AUGGCUACAGACAACCGAAAAUUUGUGUGCACCAUCUGCGAAACCAAAAGAGUGUUAGGGUCCUUGCAAGGCCUCAGAAGACAUUAUACAAAAAAACAUCCAAACGAAAUGGGGGAGUAUGAGAAACUUCUAAAAAGAAGAUCUGCUAUGUUUGAUGGCCCUUCUUCUUCUGCAAGCACUGUCACUGCCACUACCACUGCCACUACCAACCUGAACAGUAAUAAUGGACCUGCCCCAAUGGAAUUUAUUAUUGAAAACCCUCAGGACACAUAUGGCCAUGAAAUCUCUGACGAAGACGAAUAUAUGAUUCAUCAGAUGACUAUUAUGAGACCACUGACGACGAAGACAUGCACCAGAGUAGAAUAUGAUAGCCAGGAUCAUAUCGCUAGAAUGGCAGCAGAAAUGAGAACCUUCCAAUCUCUUUCUCAUGCCAUGAAUGCCUACUCGAACGAAGACAGCAGCAGACAGAUAUUGUACUGGCCCGAUGACUUUGCUGACAUUUUUACUGGACCCACCCGUCCGUUUAAAUCGAAAGUAGAGUUUAUCUUACAUGCUCUCUUCUACGGCAAUGAAGAUCUUGCCUCAGAAAGAUCUAUCAAGAAGAUCAUGUUUGCCAUGAAGAUGGUCUUGGAUGUCCGUGAAGAAUCUGGAGUAGCACUGGAUUUUCCAAUACCAAAUGCUGUGAUUAACUAUCACAAGCAGAAAAAGAACCAGAUCCCUGUUUUUCCUACUGCCAGUUUCGAUGUUGUGAACCAAGACAAUGAACGACAUGUACUUUGGAUGAACAAACCAUCUGAUUACAUCAAGUUUACCAUGACAUGCCCCGGAAAAUCAUCUCAAAUCUCGGCCCUUCCUGACUUCACGGAAAACCAGCAGUUGAAUCUCAACCAAGACGAAAAGUGGAAGGAGAACCCAUUGCUCCAGCACCCGAUGAUCACUUCAAACGGAAUGGACUACUGGGUGGGUGAUGUUGUCGAAGUCCAAGGCUCCCCGAACCAGUAUCUUCUUGAGAAGUUUUUCACCAAGGACGGAUCCAUACUUGCCAAUGCGUUCCAGGUUUAUGGUGGCCACGAUCCUCGGCUGAACCAUCCUGAUGAUACACACUUCCUGCAGUUUGGAAACUCUACGAACUUUGCUGUCUCUACCCUGAAGUAUACCAUUGAAGUUGAUAGGAUUAUGUCUACUGUUCAAAAAGACAGUGAUCUUUUCCUUGGACGUGGUUUCUCUGUUUCUUAUUCCCCUGCCGAAAUUGUCACCUAUGCUCUUACUGGUGUUAAAUCUGACUUGUGGCUCAACAAAUCCCAUGUUGAAGAAUUCAAGAGAAGACUUCCAGGCUCUGGUUUGAUGAAAGUGGUUGUCUGCCCACUUAAUCUCUAUUCCGACAAUACCUCCGGUAAUUCAACAAAGCAGUACAACAAGUAUGACAGUUACUUAAUGCUGGAGAAAGGUAUUGAGAUAUAUCCUGAGGAUCAUGGUGAAGUAGUUCUUAUUGUUGCGCCCCUGUUGCUCUUUAUGGGUGACAACCCUCGUCAAUCUCAGCUUGCCAUGCAUAAGGGAACAUCUGCCAAGAAGUUUUGCCAAAAAUGCCUCAUACCUUCGCCUCAUAUUGAACAGGGUUCCAUCCCUGACGCUCCGCCGUAUUCUCCAUUUGACCACUGUGGGUCAGAAGAAAGAACGAGGGAUUUCUUGUACGCCUUUGCCAAUGUCAAUUCCCAGUCAGAGCUAUAUCUCAAUGGGUGCUGUUGUAAAUGA